CACAACAUUUGGACUUAAAAUACGGCGGCAAUGCGCUCUUUCGCGUUCAGUUCUCGUCGUAGACAUCUACCAAAUGGAUACACCACAGUCACUGUAGACACCGUCCGUUUUAUAUUUCCAUAGUGCACGUGUGUUUAGUUUUUAUUUUUUUAACGUACAAGAUUCGUUUCAUAAAAACAAUACAAUUACAAUCAAUAUAAAUGGCGACCUCUGUGUUACAGGUGAGUUUCAGAUUGUACCUAAAUGAUUAGGCAAGUCAAAUCUAUGUCAAAAAUAUGCGAGAUGAACUUUUGUUGCCUAACCUAUUUAGUUCGGUCCACUAGGCAAAUCAUACAUAAAUAUUUGUAAUUUAUAAUGAAAAUAAUAUUAUUUUCAUUAUUUGAACAUCUACGAUGUAACCUUAGAACUUGUCAGAUAAUACAGGUUGAGGCGGGUUUUAAUUUUGAAAUAUAUUUAAAUAAUUAAAUGUAAUACAACCACGGGAAUGCAAAUCACGUAGAUUUUCGAAAAAUAUUGUAGUUGUAUAGACUUCUAUAUUUUAGAUUCUGAGUGAACCGAAAAAGCUAUUCGUUUUCUGAGAUAUUUUUUUUCUCAGAAAACACUUGGGUUAAUAAAAAUUGUUUAUGCUGUUCUUUAACAGAUGCGUAUUUUUGCCCAGAUAAUAUUUUAUUUGAACGAUGCUUGGAAAUUCCCAAUACUUUUUCUGAAAAAUUGAGCUUCAUAUUUUUUUUUUUUAAUGUAUUUUUCUAGUCAGUAAUUCAUUGUUGAAACGAUAUUUAAAAUGUUCAGCAGUACUCCAGUUUGGGUCAUUUUUUGGAUUUUAUCUGUAAAAACACUUUUUUGGUUUUUCAAAAUGCUCCAAAUUAUUUGUUUCGUGCCUUCAAAGAUGUGAAUUUACUGUCCGAUGCGAUCAUAGAUUUUAACUCCCUAACAAUUUUAUACUGGUAGAAAAGAUGUUCACAGAAAAAGAUCAAAUAAAUUAAACAUCAUUGUAAUAUAUGCAAUAUAUUCUCUAAAUCUAAGUCAGAAUGAGAAAUACAUAGAACAAUUUUCCAUAUUUAUACAAGGAAAAAAUUAACACAUUAAAACUGUACUUCAAAUAGUACCUAUCGUAAAAAUACGACUUAUUAUAAUAAUCGUAUCAAAAACAGGUCAUAAAUCAAUAUAAUUAUUUAGUAAUAAAAAACAUUUAUAAAGUCGUAUAAACAUGUAAUAUUUAAUUAAAAUUAAUUACAAUAGUACCUACCUAUGUGAUAUUUUAUUUUCGUUAAUAAAAAAAAAAAUAUACAAUGUGAUCAACUAUUUAAUUAAAAUAGUAAAAAAUUGUAUAGAAUAAAAUCAUUGAGCGUUAGGAGAAAUUAUAAAAAGAAAAUAGUCGAAAUAAACCAAAAGAUAUCGACUUUCCAUCAGGGAGUAAAAAAAAACAGGAUCCGAAUUUGGAAAAAAUGUUCGACUCCCCUGCGAAAUCGAAUCCCCCAGCACAAAUCGUUGAGGAGUCGAAAUCAAUGGUUACAUCGGUAGUAAUACGUUCUAAAAAUAUCUAGAUUCCCAAUAGUAUUUAACAAAGUUUAAAAAAAUAACAACAAAUGUUAUUUAACAGAAUAUGUUUACUUUAUUAUUUUAUUUAUUUAAGAUUGUCCAUUAUAAUAAUUUUAAAUUUAUUUAAAAAGCUUGAGAGAAAAGUUAAAACUCUUUAUAAACACAAAAAGUUACUUUUCCACAAUUAUCAUUUGAAACGAUGAAAAAUAAAUAAAAUUAUAAAUAAACUUAAAACUGAUUCUAUUGUGAUAAUUUCAAAAUAUUUUUAGAUUCUGAAGUGGAGCGAGAAAUGUAUUGGUUUUACAAUGAUGUUUAUUUUUAUUUUAUUUUCUAUUUUUUUUUUUCUGUGGAUAACUUUUCUACCAACAAAUUUUCUCCAGUGUAUAAUGAUACCACUUUUUCUAAAAGUAAACUUAACUGGAAAGGUACUUUAAAGAAGUUAAUUUUUGAUUUUCUCAGGAUUUUUUCCAAUGAAAUCUAUGGAAAACUCAGGGAACGUAGGAAAAACAAGAAAAUUGCUACAAUAUAAAACAAAUAUCAUUAAAAAAUAUAUAUAAUGUAAUUAUUUUACCACAAUAUGACUUAUAUAUUGUUAACUACACUAUCAACCGAACUCCACUAAAAAUCGUUUUUUUCUUUAGCAACAGUUUAUCGUUGCUUAUAGAUAGAUAUUAAAUUUCAUCUUUACUGCCUUCCGAAAUUCCCACCUAUAACAGUAGUUGCAGCCGUCUUAGUAUCCUAGGACAGCUUUUUAGACUCUGAGCAAACCGUUUUACAAUGAUGUAUAGUAUUGUAUUUUGUUUUUCUUUCUGUGAACAACUUUUUUACUAGGAAACUUGCUCCGAUGUAAAGGCCAUAGCCAAGGUAAUUUUCUCUAGUUGGUAAAUUGAGGAGGCGACUUUUUGAUUUUUUAGAGAGGUUUUCAAAAUAUUCUCGAAAAAUCGAAAGAAAAUUAUAAGUAAAACGGAAUGUCUCGGUUUCGAUAUUAAAGCUUUUUGAAGUUCUGGCAUAAUGCGGAUUUUAUAAAUGUUAAUUCAUAGUUAUGUUAAAUAACUCAAUAAUGUCAACAGUUUAGCAUAUCUGUCGUAGUUUAUUGGUAGAGUGCACUUAUUGUCAGGGUUCGAAUCAAAACUCAACUUCAAACCCAGUAGUAUUUUUUUUUUUUUUAUAAGUUUUUAAAUCAAAUUUUGACGGAAAGGAUCGUAAAUAUCACUUUUCAAAACAUCUAUAACCGAACUUCGCUCCGAAUCGUUUUCCGUUAUUAAUGGUUUAUCGUUAGUCACAUUUAUAAAUUAAAUAACUUUAUGUAUCCCACAACAAGUGGCCCCACCCGUCUCCAGUAUCAGCUCUUUUUUUAGUUUUGUUAGCGCGGUCGAGAAGAACUAAUGUGUACACCUAAAUAAUAUUACAUUAUAGCCUUUUGAAUACUAAUUUGAGUGUAUUCCCGUAUUAUAUUAUAUGCUUUAUGAAUUUCGUGCAUGUAUAUAGAUUUUUCGAUUUAAUAACGUGCGAACAUCAAAGAAAACUGUAUUACAUUAUUUUUAAAGCAAAUCAACACGAGGCGAAUAUAUAGUAAAAAUUAAACGAUUACAAAUAUAUAAUAAUACCACGAAAAAAAAAAAACAAAAAAUAGGUCAAAAGUUCAUUCAUAGAGAAGUUUUAUUUAUAAAAACGGAAUAUUAUUAAUAUUCAAAUUUAUUAUUCGUUUAUUUUUUUUUUCGAAUAUUAUAAUAAUGGAUUUUACACGAGUAUAAUAUUAUAAUAUUGUCAUCAAUUUUUUUUAACAUGAUGGUUGCCUAUCCGUAGCUAUAACCUAAAUUAAUCUAACGUAAUCUAAAUUAGGGAAAUAGGUUAGGAAGAAGGAGGAUUUCAAACCUUUUUCCCCUUUGCCAAAAUCUCAAUAAGUACGUUUUUUUUAAUUUCCGAAUCACUCUUAAUUGCAUUUUUGUUUUCAUAAGAUUCAAACCAACAUUACCAUAAAUAAUCUCUAAAUAUAUAUAUUAUAUGUACCCGACAUAAAUGUUUUAAAAGUCGCACUUAGAUGUAGAAAAACUAAACAUUUUAGAUUCUGAGUGAGGCGAAGAUGCUUAUGGUUUUAUAGAGAUGUUUAUUAUUAUUAUUAUUAUUUUUUUUUUUUUGGUUUAGACGAUCUUUACGCGUAAGUAAUAAGAAAUAUUAUAUUAAUAAUAACAUCAGUAGGUACUCAAUAGUGAGUAAAAAUAUCGUAUCAUUAUAAUAUAAUAAACUCAGUGAAAGAAAUACAUUAUGUUUUUUUUAAAACUUUACGUUUGAAAAAGAUUUUAAGAGAAUUUAAAGUGCAGUGAAAUGAUUUGAAAUGUUUUAAAAGCAAAUACUAAUAAUAAAUACGAGUGUGACUAAAACAUUAUCGAAAUCGAUCGAAUUUUAUAAUAAUGGAUUUUAUACGAGUAUAAUAUUAUCAUAUACUUUUUAAUAUGAGGAUUACCUAUCCGUAACUAUAAUCUAAAUCAAGGAAACGGGUUAGGAGGGAGGGUGGAUUUCAACCCCCUUUUCUAAAAUCUCAAUAAGUAGGUUUUUGUUAAUUUUCGAUUCACUCUUAAUUCCAUUUUUGUUUUCAUAGGAUUCUAACCAACAUUCCUAUCAAUAAUCUAUACAUACGUCCCUGACAUGGAUGUUUUAAAAGUCGUACUUAGAUGUAGAAAAACUAAACAUUUUUAACUAUACAAAGAAAUCUGCUUACUGUAUUAUCAGUCAAGGUAGCUAAUAAACUAAUGUAAGUUAGAGUCUAGGGGCUUGCGCUACCUGUUAUUUACUCAAAACAUGAUUUACAGAAAAAUCUUCUACGUGGAGUUAACCGAAUUUGAUAAUAUUUUCGUUUUUUUUUUUUUUUUUGGAAUGAAAAAAACAUUUUAAAGGGCUCGUUCUACUGGGAUUUUAAAAAUUAUAAUUUUAAACUGUAUCCUUAAGGUUUGAUUACGAUCAAUGUGCUACCAUUUUAAAAUUGUUUUGUGGUUCUUGGUUACAUAGGUAAUCAAAUAUUCAAUGCACCCGGUAGGAAAAUAUAUCCUUUCCGAAAAAAUAUUUUAAAUCGGAACACUUCUCAAAGUAUGAUAGUUUUUCCUGUAAAUCAUGUUUGGAACAAUACAACAACAAAGUCCGCGCGCUGUGUUUUAUCUAGACAAUAUGUUUUUACGUUCAAUCUCAUCCGGAUUAAUUGAAAAUAAUAAAGUUAUUAGAUUCAUUAUAAUAAAAAAUUGUCUUGAACAAAAUGUUUUCAAUCGUAAUAAAUAUCUAUCAUUUAUUAGAAAUAAUAGGUUAAUUUAAUGUGUUCUAGUUUGUAAUUACAUCAAUCGAACAAUACCUUUUUUUAAACCCAGAUUCGUACCACAUGUUGUACAUUUCAAUACUUAGAUUCGCGAUAGGUAAGGUAAUGAAAUAAAAUAAUUCAUUAUUUUUUUAUCUAGGUAAAAAUUUGUUAAUCAAUCGUCUUUACCUAGUUAAUUCAAUUGUAACGAUGCGUAUUCCAUUUUCGUCUAAAUCAUUAUUUCAGCAACUGUUUCGCUUAUAUUUAUCUAGGUUCCUAUUUUAAAAUUUAUUAUUUAUCGCAGGACUGAAUUAUAACGUGGUUAAUCGAAUUUCCGUAUUAUAAAACGCAAAUUAUUUAAAAACGAAUUACGCACUUGACCGUAAAUGAUGUCGACUGAUCGACAUUUUUCAAUGUAAUAACUGUAGUUUCGUAAUAAUCAAAUGUAGACGGAUACGAGCGCGUGUUCGAUUUUCUCUCUGCGUAUAAAACAUAACAAUAUCACCAGAUAGGUACACGAAUAAACUAUUUUUUCGACCCAAAAACAAAGAAAACAAUGUAUUGAAAAAUUUUUAUAUAUCAUGAUAUAUAAUGAACAAUUAUUAUUAUGUAAAUCUUGCAAUAGCUCCCACGGUCCGCGGUCAUAGGCUUCAAUGUCUAUAAAAUUAUUAUUAUCAUUAGAAUAUUGUUCAAACAACGCAUGGAGUAUGGGUAUAUGUACGCGGCAAAUAUUUGUAUACGGUCGAUUAAUUCAAAUGAACCACAUCGACGAAUUUUCGCAAAGAAAAAUUAUAUUUUACGUGGAUACAUAAAUAGUGUUAAAAAAAAAAAAAUUAUGCUUAUCAUGACAAUAUUGACUCUGAUCGAAAAUAUUACUCCACCGUGCAAUACUCGCUAUAUUAGUUUACAUUAUUAUGUACGAGUACACGUUGUUCCUUUUUGACGAACGACCUUCAAUAAUAAUCCAGUCGAUACUAGGCCAGUGGCUACACACAUUAUAAUAGUAUUAUGCAUAUUGAUAACGAUAAAUGUGCAUUAUGUUUUCAUAGUAAAUUUCGAGAACAAUUAUUAUUAAAACUGCACGAUAGCUUUGUCCAUCAUAUUGUUUAUUAUUAUUAAUAGUUAGUCCGUUACGAUACGAUGCAAAUUCUCGAAAAAAACGUCACGUAUACCUUAUAAUAUUAAUUAAAAAAAUCGCUCGAAAAAAUAAAUAAGUGAUACGUUGGAAAGGUAGAGGGAUAAUUUAAUGUAUAUCUGUACUCGCCUAUUAAUCAUUGCUAACGAAAUACGAUUGUGCAUGGAGUUCGUUUAUCCAUAUUUUGAAAGGCUGUAAUAUUAACGAUUUGAAAAUAAUAUAUUUCGUACAUUUUCUUGUUUUCCCUACGUUUUUCCCAUGGGAAAAUCAAAAAAUUACUUCUCUAAAGUACCACCCCGGUCAACGGAAAGAUAAAAAAGUUGUUCACAGAAUAAUUAAAAAACAAAUAAACACUAUUGUAAAACCAGUAUAUUCCUCGCUCUGCUUAGAAUCUAAAACAAAAGAAUUAAAAACAUAGUAAUUAUUAAAAAGAAAAUACCGGUUACCGUGUUUAUUAUUCAAUAUGUAAGGAGAUGGUCAUUAAUAAUGACCGUACAAUGUACAAUGUUAAGCUAAUUUAAACUUGUUAACUGAACUUUUUCAGUCAUCGAUUUUUUUUUUUUUUACUAUCACGAAUUAUUUUUUUACAUAAAAAAAUUCUUGAAUUUGUCAAGUUAAUUUUCAACUUUCUUUGGGUUUAAAUUUUUAAUGUUGCAUGUUUUAUUUAUUUUUGUUACGUCAUAAUAUUAUUGAAAUAUAGCUACAUUAUUAUAAUCGAAAUUUAACCAUACGCCUGAAAAUCAGAAACGAUCACUCCAUUUUUUACUACUUAAACAUCAAUGUAUUUUUGUUUGCCUAUUACAUGGUCUGAAUUUAGCGGUAACGCCGUAAAAAUUAUCUUGUAUUUUCAUACUUAUUAUGAUGUUAAUUUAAUAAAAUAUGUCGAAUAAACGUAAUUUUAUUUAUUUAAUUUUGUGUAGUCGACACUAUAGUAUUCGAAAUCUUUGUGUUUUUUGACUACCGUGCCGUAAUAUCGAUAUAAUUUAAGAAAACUGAACAGUUUCUGAUAAACAAACAAUUAAAUAUUAUAAUUUAUAAUAAUGCGAACGUAACGAAUUUCGCUAUCUAAAUGUUCGAGUAUUUGAUAUUAAAAGACGAAUAGUGCCCAGUCUUUUAAAUAUCUACGCAGUAUGAAAUAGUUACGGGGAAUCUGUACGAACGAACAAUGUAUAGCCGAUAAAAUUAUUUCAUUUCGUGACAGCAAGGAAAAAAAAAAAACUAUACCCAUGAAUAAUAAUGUUGUAUUAAAAAUUUACAUUUUUAUGAAUUUUUCAGUUGCUGUCAUGCUUCCUAUUAAUGACCAGCGUAUCUUUGUCAAGGCCAAGAUAUUAUACGGGUCAAUCGGAUAUUGAUUAUUACGUAAGAACACCACCGAGUUAUAAAUUAGUUUUUCGACUAACAAACUGCUUACUAAUAGCUUACUGCGUUGGUCAAAUGACCUAAUGGUUCUAUAUUACACAAAAUCGUAUUUUGAAUAUUGUGGCGUUUUAGGAUUUUUAUGGCAUUUUUUUAUGAUUUUGUACAUUUUAGAACAUGUUUUAAGAAUUGUAUACAUUUUUAAUGUACAUUCUUUAAGGAUUUAGUACAUUUUAAGACAUUUUCAACGUGGCUUUUAUCAUGAUUAAUUUUAUUUUUUGUAGUAUAUUUGAAGGGGGAUAUUUGUGACAUUUUUUUAGUCGAUUUUCCGUGAUAAAUUGUGGUUUAAACUCACCUUACCGUGAACCAAAGCUAAAGACAUUAACGAAUGAAAAAGUUAAAAGUGAAACAUAAUUUUAACGUUUAACUUAUUAUUUAACCUCUUCAUUUUGUUAUCAGCUUAAUUAUUUUUUUUAUUACAUCAACUUAAUAAAUAACAAAUCAAUUUUGAAUGAUAAAUAGCUAUCUCCUUCAUUUAGGUGUAAAACGAGAUCAUCUCCUAGUCACCCCCAAGCGUUAAAAGUCAUCAUAUCGACUUCAGACCGAUGCCAAUUUUUUCACCCGAUUUGUAUCUAUUUUAAAAAUCCAUCCCCUCCAGUUAAGCAUAAAACGAGAUCGUCUCCCUAGAAGUGCCGCAACAUACACCCUGAAGCCGGGGAAAUUUUAUAAAAGUUCAAUUUAUCUAUACAAAAAAAAUUAUAAAUACCUGUGUAAGUUUAUUCAAAGGUAGAUCAUUUCUAUUUUCACCCGAUCCUAAUGAAUUUGACUUUGAAGUAGUAGUUUCACAAACCGAUUGCUUAAUUAAUGACAAAAUGAUUCUUUUUGAUAGAUUUUUCAACUGAUUAAGUAAAAAAAAGUAGCAUAGGUCCGAAAUCGAUAAGAUGAUUUUUAAAGGCUGCUAGUGCUACGGUCGCUUAGCACCCGUAUUUAAAAUUCUGGUUUAGGAGUGAAGGGGAUUCAAAUUUAUUUAAAAGGGCAACAAAUACAUACAAAUCGGGUACAUAAAAAUUAAGUUGGUCCGAAGUCGUGUGGACGAUUUACGGGUGCUAGGGAAACGGACAUUAAAACGGCAAAUAUCUAACCGUUUUUAUUAUUUUUGUUCUUUUUACACGAUAUUUUUUGCCAUAAAUAACUGCUUCAAUAGGUAAAUAACAAAAGGCUUUUAUUGUUGCAUUUUUAAUCUAAUUUAUGACUAACGAAUGUUUGUUGAUCUUUUCUUUAAUUUUAUUAUUAAUUGAAUAAAACCGAAAAGUACGAAAAAAAAAAACGGAAAAAUUUACGAAAAUAAUUAUUUUAUUUUUUUUUUAAUACUAUACAGUUUUUAAAUAUUUGUAGAGACUUAAAAUGUUGACAGAAAAAAUAUAUUUACUUUUUCUAGACGUGGUAAAACAUUCAGAACAUCCAAGCGAUUUUUGAUCUAUUUAUAGAUGUUUUAAUUUGUUGAGGUUUUUUCGUAAUUUUUAUUUAGUAGGUACUCUGUAGACAAAUUGUUAGACUUAAUAGAAAUAUUUGAAAAUUUGAUAGAAAAUUCAUUAUAAGUCAGUUAAAAAAUGAAUUUAGAUUAAUGUAGUAUUUUUUUAACUUUUUUUUUAUAAGUUUUAAAAUCGAAUAUUACGGCCUUAUAUAACCAAAUCUCUCUCCGAAUCGUUUUUCGUUAUUAAUGGUUUAUCGAUGGUUACAGGUAUAAUUCAAAUAACUUUGUAUCUCACUUUUCUCACUACCCACUAACAGUAGUUGCACGCUGCACACCCGCACUCGUUCCAAGUAUCAGAUCUUAUAUAUUUUUUAAUUUAGUUUUACAUACUAUUUUAGAUUCUGAGCGUAACGAGGGAGCUAUUGGUUUUACUAAGAUAUUUAUUUUUUCUUCUUCUUUUUUUCUUUCUUCUAGUCUAUGGACACGAUUUUCCUAGUGAAUUUUAUGAAAGUUCAAGUUGUCUAGAUUGCAUUUUAAAGAGGUCAUUUUUUGAUGGUCAACGCCAUUUUUAAAUAAAAGCACUUAAGUGGGAAAAAUAUUAGGAAAACAUACAAUUUUACGAUUUCAUUAUUUUAUAAAAUCACGGACGACGUUUUCUACCAGAAAAAAUGAUUUGAUCGAAAAAUCACAAAAUACCUUUUUUCCAUUCUUUUUUUUUUUCUAUUUCAUAAUUUCUAUUUACAUCUAAUUUUAAUCGUGACCAGUGGCGUAUCCAGGGAGUAAAGGUUAAAUAUACUUCCCGUUCCCCAUUGUUAUCGUUUAUGUUUUGUUAUGUGUAUUACGAGGAUUGUAGGUAUUGACCAUAGACAUAUAAGACGUAUUUUUACAUAAAUUAUACAUUUAUACCCUCGCUCUUUUUAACCUUGGCUACAUCACUGAUCGCGUCCCCCAUCAUAAUAUUACAGCCGGCCAGCUACACGUACAAUUACGGCGUGCACGACCCGGCCACCGGCGACAUCAAACAUCAGUCGGAAGAGCGAACCGGUGACGGCGUGGUCCGGGGCCAGUACAGUCUGGUGGAGCCUGACGGUUCGGUGCGGACGGUCGACUAUACGGCCGACCCAGUGAACGGAUUCAACGCGGUGGUUAGCAAGUCCGAAGCCCCGGUUAUUCAACGGCAUUCGGCACCCAAAAAACGGAGGGUUCUGCAGAUACGGACCGCCCCGGCCCCGUCCCCGGCCCCGGUAUUCGACGAAACCGCCGACGAAGUCAGUGAAAACCCGCAUUUGGCCAGGGGACCAAUAAGUGAGUGGUGUUUGCACGAACAAUAAACGUGUUUUAGCGGCGCAGUUUUGAUAGACCUUGUUACUGGUUCAGCGAACAAACUGUUUUGGCGAUACUGUUAACUGCAAUAGCCUCUAAUAGCCAAAUGGGCUUUUCGAUUACCGACCUAGGUUGCUGAAAUCAGCAAACAGUACAGACUACGUUGACUCACUGUCUUCCGUUAUUUCAAGUUAACCACGAGUAAAAUACAAUAAACAAAGCAUUUUCGCGAUAUCGCAAUCAAUUAGCAAACAACAAGAAACCAUGCAGCAAAGUACACUUUACCGUCAAAACCCGUCAAAACAGUAAACACGCCUAAUAGCAACAUUAACUUCUACGGCGUACCCAUCUGUCCCGAAAAGGGCUAAACUAUUUCGUUGGCAAAUAAUUAGUCUAAACGCAUACGACGUGAUGAUAGUUAAGAACACGCGCAUUUCAUAAUAUCUGUGUUUAGAUUAUUUACUAGACCUAUAGCAUAUAGCUACCGACUCCUCGAUCUGAUCUGCAUUUUAAACUGAUUAAAUGUGACUCGUGAACGGUAAGUUUAUGUAUUAUCCGAUAUUGGUGUUGUGCGUGAUCAAAAUUUAAUAAAAUAACCAUUAUAUUUGGUACUCUGCCAUUGUAAUUAUGAGUGGGAAAUUGAAAAGUUAAGAUAAAUAGGGCGAUUUAGUUUUUUAUCUGUACGUAACGAUAAAUCAUUGCGCAACGGUUCUGCGCCAAAUGCGGUUAAAUAUGACACUUUGAUAAAUUUAAAUCGAACAUUUUUUAACUAUACAUAUUCAAUUAGAAAUUGACCGCAUUUUUAACGACUUUUAACAAAAAUGCUGAAAAAAUAAAUUACGCAGUUUUUAUCCACAUAAUUAUCAACUAUAAGAAAAAUAAAAAAAUAACCUUAUUAUCUCAACUAGACGAUAUUUUUUUUUAUCAGAAAUCAUCUUUGAUGUUAAUAAACGGAACAACAUUUCUGGUUCAGAGACAAAAAAAAAACACAUUCCUCGAAACGCUCAGAAUCUGAAAAAUAAAUUACAUUUUUUUUUUUUAAAUCUAACCUUAAAAAUGUAUGAUGCUGUUAGUAAAUCAAAAAUUGAUAUAUUAACUUAUUGUGUUUACGGUAUACGGAAUAAUGGUAAAAAGUUGUAAUCCAAGUAAAUUCGAUCUUUAAACAAUAUUAUACAGGGGCUUAAAAAAUACCAGCAUUAACUUAAAUCAACAUUUUCGUAGAUAACCCAAUUUAUCGAUCCCAUAUUUAUUUGGUUACUGCGCUUCAAAAUAGUAUUUUCUCGGAAAUAAUAUAUGAGUUUAAAGGUCGAAAAUUGUUUCUCUAGAACAAUAUAUUCAACCGUAUGGCCGGGAAAAUAUUUUUAAAAGAGUUUCCAAUUGUCCUACAACACCAAAGCUGGACACUGACUAGUUAUAAAGUAACAUUUUAAAUAACUUUCUAAUUUAACUAGUUAGUUUUUAUUCAUAAUUACUGUGUAACUUAAUUAGGUAGUUGAAUUGAAUGUGGAAAAUAAUCUAAUCCAACUCGUUCAAAACAAUAAGAAACUAGUUAUUAUUAGAUUUUGAGUGGAGCACAGAAGCUUAUAGUUUUACAAAGAUGUAAAUUUUUUAUUUUUAUUAAUGCAUAACUUUUCUACCUGAAGACUUGCUAGGAUUUCUACGUGUAGUACAUUUUCUGAUAAGAAAUCUGCGUGGUGAGGUACUUUAAAGAGGUCAUUUUACUAUUUUCUCAAGAGUUUUCCCAGCAAACGCGAAAAACCGGGAUAAAUGUAGGAAAACUGGAAAAACCGGUACAACAUUCAAACAAUAUUGCGAAAGAAAAUAUAUAAAGCCUAUUUAAUUAUUUUAAUUAUUUUAUAAAAUGACAUCUACAUCGUUGACAAAGCAUCACUAUUGACUGAACUCCACUCAGAAUCGUUUUUUCGUAAGUAAUGGUUUAUUAUUGCUUACAUAUGUACAUCAAAUAUAUAACAGCGACUAUAACAGUGGCUGCACCCGUCCCCAUUAUCCUAGGACGCCUUUUUUUUUUAAUUUCAAAAAUCCAAAUGUCCCGUAUAACUGCCGAGCGCCGACUGUAUUAUCUAGUAUCUUAGCCGUGAUUAUAAUUUAUUGAUAAUCAUAAUUGAGUAUUUUCAAUUUUAUCAUAAAAACAUUUUAUUUCUUAUCAAUUCUAGACAUUGGUUAUAUUUCUUGUCAGUUGUAAUAUACAUAAACAUAUAAAAACAGCUACACAAACAGCCGAUUACUAUAACACUUCUAUCAACACUACUUAGUGAAAUUAUAUUUUUAUGGUCUAUAAAAUCUGAGUAUAAUAUAAGUACUUAAAUAAUAUAAUAAUAAGUACUUAAAAAUAUCAUAACAUUAAAUUACAUCGUUUCGAUGUUAUUUUUAAAAUCUGGCGUGGCAAUUAUGUUCAUACAAAAUCUCUUAAACGGCGUGUCAAUGAUAUAUUUAUGUUUAAAUUUAAUUUGUUGGCUUACGCGCGCCAACAGUUCGCUUAAGGAUUAAUCGGUUAAAAAAUAAUAUUAUUUACUACAAGAAGCGAGCUUUUGACGUUAACUUACUAAUGAUUGCCGUUAAUGUUGUCGUCCAGAAUUAUGAACUUCUAUGUGCGAGUUCGCAAUUACUAAAAUCUUUAAUCAGCCAUGUUGGUUCACUACAGAAACAGUUACGACAAUACGCGCGCACACACUAUACUUGUAACUUGUAUCAAUCAAAUUAUAUAUUAUAGACUGGGACAAGGUUGAAUAAUUAUAGGUAUAAUUAACUGCAGCAUUUAUAUGAUAAAGUAAAUAUGUUUUAGUACAGUCUGGAGCGACUUUGGCAAUUUACCUGGAUGGAUUGAAAAUUGUUCGUAACAUUCGUUUAAUACUUGCACAAGUAAUUAAAAUAAACAUUUCUGUAAAAAAAAUGUGCUCUUCUAUACAUUUCCCGGUCCGAAACGUCGACAUUUUAUGUAUGCAAUCUUGAAAACUGAAUAAACUCCCGAUAAUGUUAUUAUUAUCACCAUGUCUAUACGCAAAGGCUUGACUAAAAGAAAAGGAUUUUUCUCUUAGGGGAGGGGAGAGUAUGACGUGAAGUCUCAAUGUCGUCAACUUAUCAUAUUAAAUUUCAUAACGAUUUCAAUAUCAAAUCAAAUCAAAUCGAUACCGUUAUCGAUUUGCGACACCCUGUAUAACGAUACCCGUUUGAUAUACGCGCAGAAAAAAAAAAUACCAAUUAAACAUGUUUAGUUUAUAAUUAUACGUUUUUACGGUGAAUAUUUAAAUUUGAAAAUUGCCCGUUUCGUAUUUUGCUCGUACAAUUAUAUUUCUGUGUCACGAACCAACGGAACCGCGUUUAAAUACUUAAUUCGUCAAUCGAUUUUGUAUGAACUACACGUGUGAUUAUUAUAUAUCGUAUAACAUGCAAUUUUUCGAUAACGUAGUGGUUGACACGGCAUCACGGUGUAUUGCGGUGUCGGUCGUUAUAAUUGAAAUAAUUUAAAUGAUUAUAACCAAACGAAAGGUGCGUAUGUUCGGGGGAAUAACGAAAAAAUUAGAUAAAACCUCAACGUUGACGUUGCUUUACGUAUAAUAUUUUAACCGAUGACUAAAAGUAAAAGAAUAUUUUACAUAAUAUACAUUUGGUUCGGUUAGUAGUAUUCUAAUAGAUUACCGAACCUUUAUUUAGUUAUUUCGGCCAAAAUUUCUUAUAAACACAAAACUAAUCGUGUCGACCGUUAUUAAAAUAAGUGUUUACGGCGUUUCUAGCAACUGCCUAAGCAACAUUUUUAACAUAAAAUAUUCGACGAUUCCCGAUACAAUAUCAUCAUAAAAUAUUAGAGCAGUAAUAAAAAAAUGUUUGCGCAUUUUAUUUCCGAAAUGCUUUUAUAGACGAAACUUUUAACUUAAUUUUUGAAAACAAAAUAUUAAGUACAUUGUAUUAAUGAUAUUAUAUUUUUUUUUUUUGAUCGCGUGUAUGACAUAUUUUUCAUCUCGUUAUAUAAUAUAAUAAACAUUAUACACGAAAAUAUUUUUAUAAGGUUUCAUUGAAUUCCCUCGAGAACCCGUGCGUUCGCUAUCAAAAUCUAAAUUAUUACUACAAUAUCAUUACAGUAUUAUGUUUGCAAUGAUCACACGGUUUGAUACAUAAAUUUUAUUCUAAACCGCGUGUUUUAAAUCCGAAUUCGCUGUACAUACAGAGUAAUCAAUUUUUUUAUUAUGUUCCGAGAUUUGCGCGGAUAAUUUUUAAUUCGAUUAAAUUAGAUUUCUGUUUAUUUUUCCGCUGUUAUAAAACCGUUCAAACUUUAUUUUAACGUUAUUUUCGAAUGUUCUUCCCUACUAAGUCUUCAAUGGUUAUUAAAUUUUGAUUAUAUUAAAGCAACUCCCGUUUUUUUUUUUUUUUACACGGAUUUGAUAAAUAACGUAUGCUGAUGUCCUUAACACUGUAGCGUAAAACACACACACACAUAUAUGCGUAUUGUAAAUCGCAUUUUAUAAUACCAUUUAGCGUUUGUGAUUAUUAACAGUUCAACGUUUAAACCGUAUGAAUAGAGAAGGGAAACACAUUUCUGAUCGUUAUUAUUUAAUUUAUAACAAUUGAUUAAACUAUCCAUUUUCGCUGAUGCACUUUAUGCAUUUUAACGUUCCCGAGAAUUUCAUCCUGCACGUUUGUUAUGCGUCUUAAUGUUACGGUAUACUAAAAGAAAAACGGACGAGAUUCGAGGAUUUGAUACGACAUCCGUACUACACGGACCGGAACACAACAAAUUAUAGAAAAGGAAAGAAGGCACGAUAUUCUGUUUUCCUGAUGAUUCGGCGAUUUACUUUUAUUUUUACCGACCAAUAUUACAGCGAGUUUAUAUACAUAUUGUAUAGUCCAAUUUGAGAGUCCUGAAAGAAUAAAUUCACAAUAAACCCACUAUACACUAUAUAUAUAUAAUAUACAACACUGCCGUAUACAUUAUACGUACCUACUCGUUUAAAGGAUUUUUUUUUUUUUUUUAUUCUAUAUCCCAACAGUUACGCGGAUUUGUUUUUAUACCGUUUGGCAUUUAAUGAGUAUAAUACAUUGUCUGCAGUAUAGAUUUUUUUUUAUAUCCGAAUGAGAGCACGAUUGUUAUCUCACGCAAAUGAUAAUUAUAUCGUUUGGAUAAUUGUUUUGACUGUUUUCAAUACACCCGUGUCGACGUCAAGUUCAAACGGAAAGAGUUUCUAGGAAACUCUUCGGGGGUCUUUCCGAAUCUAUAACGUAUAUUAAUAACGUUUUGUUAUUUAAAUACACGAAUGUGAAGAACGUGCUCAGAAAUAUUACACUGUGCUCGUGCACUGUGUCGUGCGUUAAAACAGUCACCACGCUCCGUGAAAUAAAUAUCGAUUCCUGUACAAUUAUUGUUGACUUUGUUGUGUAAACAGUUGCCUACUUCAAACUCCGUCAUGGUAUAAUGUUAUUAACGCAAUAGUAUUACAUUCCGAUUUCGAAAAUGUCAAUUCUAUUAUGGUAAAUGGAUAUGUAAUCAAUUGAUUCCAGGGAAAUAAUUUUUACAUUCGUAAAGAACUGUCGAAUUGUAUUGUGUUCCAUUGAUUUAGUUCGACAUCGGUUGAAACGUUCAGUUAAGAAUAUAAUGUCGUUUAUAGUAUAAUACUAAAAUGUACAAUAAAUCUUUGAUGUUUUUUCAUCAGCGAUACGUAAAUGUAAUGUACAAUUAUAAAAAUCUGGGCAACUUCGCAUAUAAGUGGGACACUGUUGUAGAUGAAAAGUCGGGAAGGUAGUAGAGGGGAAAUUCAGUGUGUAUAUAUGUAAGCAACGAUAAACCAUUGCUAAUGAAAAAAACGAUUCUGAGCGGAGUUCUGUUGAUAGCGUUGCUUUGUCAACAUUAUAUAACAUAUCGUAAUAUGUCAAAAUAGUUGGCAUUAUAUAUAUUUUUUUAUAAUAUUUGUUUAAUACUGCGCCUAUUUUCCCGUUUUUCCUCCGUUUUUAAAAUUUGUCGGGAACACUCCUAGGAAAAUCCAUUACCUUUCUAAAAUACUUCCUCAAACAGAUUUUUUUUUUUUUUAGAAAAAGUGCUAUCACUUUAAAGAAAAAUUGCUGGUGAAAAAUUUGCUGACCGGGAAAAAAAAAAGAUCGCGAUAUUUUACUAAUACAUUUCGUACAUUUUCUCGAUUUUCCUACGUUUUUCGGUGUGUCCCAUUUGUUGAUAAAUCUCCCCGGAAAAUCGAAAAACGACAAAUUUUUAAAACCAUAAAUUUCUUUGCUCCACGGACAGAAUCUAAAAUUGUGCAAAAUUAUUAAGCAUUAUAAUACAGUGCCGCUAUUGUACAUUCAUCGCGUAAUUGAUACAAAAUAAAUUCGAAGAAUCGUUAGCCGGACGUGAAAUUUUUAGUUUAUUGGAAUCGCCAGUCAAUAUCUACAGAGCUUGUAUAGUUAUUAUAAAUAACUUUGAAUUUGCAAAUCAUAGAUUGUAAUGGGUAAUUGUAAGGAAUGGCGAAACCGGGGAAAUGGUUAGAGGUUAUAUCCUUCCUCCCCUGAAAUAUCUUCAAAAACUGUUCGUUUUAUUAAUGAUAAUUUACGGAAGACAAACUUUUUUUAAGGAUUGCUAAAUUAAAAUUUACCAGGAAAUUUUUUUCUGGUUAUGCUGUAGUUUGGAAGUAUGCACAGAAUACCAAAAGUCUAAGAUUAAAAUGGACAAAAAAAAAAAAAACAUCUCAUUCUUGUUACGUUCUGUUGGCGUAUUUUACUUAGGUAUUAAAAAAAAAAUCUUAAAUUAAAAAAAAUAACGGAGGUACUGAGAAAUAAAACGGUAAACUCCCACUAUAAAUUAUUUUUUUUUUUUUAUCAUUUCACGGUAGAUAUGGCAUUUGUGUAUAACGAACAGUGGUAAAUAUUUGAAAAAAAGUGUUAAAACAAAGCUUAAACAUAAUGACAAAAACGAAUGAAAAAAAAAAAAAUACAAAAAUCAAAUUUGAUUCCCUACGAGAAAAUCUCUGGAUCGUAAUAAAAGAAUCACCCUGUAUAGGUGUAUUUAUCCUCUACACGGACUUUAAAAAUUAUGACACAUGUUUUAUGAAUAAAUAAUUAAACGAAUAUAAUUGUAAUAUUACGGGUUACGAUAUUAGGUUAUGGAAAAAUACGUAAUAAAACACUUUGAUCUUAUCGCUUCGAAAAUAUUACUCUGUUCAGUAAUAAACAUAGUGAUGAGUGUAAUAAAAAACAAAUUACAUCAAAUUAAAACAGAUUUAUUGGAUAAAGUAUAAGAGUCAUCGUCGGUAUUACUAUUUAACCUAGAAAUAAAUUUUUUUUUCAUCGUAUUAUUAAAAAGCGCCAAGAUAUAAAUUAUUCUACUUUAACACAACCAAUGACAUAAAAAACAGAAAGCGCGUGAUACUGUUUUAUCAUUCAACAACGCCGUAAAUGACCUAUAACAAAUCGUAAUAAUUUAAGGAGAAUCACACCAAUAGUUUCUUAUUUUUAAACCGACAGUGGUGGAACAUCUAUGCUAGGGCUAACAUUACUACCCCACUACUUCCAUACCUACGUAAUACUACUACUCGGUACUAAAAACUCGACACUCGAAAUUCGCAACAAAUAAUAUAUAGGUUUGUUACUAUAUUUACGAGCGUAUAAUCAAAAUUCGCCGUUUAUUCAAAUGGCGUGUAAUGAAUUUAUUUGCACUUACUGCACCGUUAAGUACAUUUCAAACACAUAGAUAUUAUAAUCCAACAAGCUGCGGGGCAAAAUUUUGAUGAAUGUGAUGUAAUUUUCGAGUGUCUGAUAGUUAAAAUUAAAUUCGACACACUCGUAUAGAAAAAGGUACAAUUUGAUGAAAGUAAUACCUAUACUUUUAAAUUGUAUGUAAUACUCGCUUAUUAACAACGUUAAAAUUACGCGAUGGCCGGCAUCGGCAUGCUUUAUAUAGUCAAAUUAAUGAACGAACAAUUAUUUUUUCCACGGAUUUUACCUUGAAAUUUUGAAAUAUUUUUUAUUUUUUAUUUUUUAAUACUAUUAUUUAUUAAUUUGUUUAUUUUAUUGCGAUUAUUCGGCCUCUAUGGUCAUCCCGUCUUAUAACUAAUCGUCCAGCUAUCUAUCCAGCGUCAUUAAAUCUUCCUAUUUGGCCCACUACCGAAACCUUCAACGGCCUUUUAUUACUGCCACUUUAAACAUCAUCCUUGACAAUUCCAAAAGUUUUUGUCCCUAUUGGGUUCUAUUUCAUCACGUACAUCUGUAAUAGUGGUGGGUUUUGACUUCUCCUGACAGUGUUCAGCCCGUUUUACUCUACUUUUGAGUUCAUGAACCUAAACACUUAAUAUCGUGGCCGUUUAAUUGUAAUUACUAGCUAGUACAUACGAAGUAUCGCAGGAAGCCAUUGCAAUAAUAUUUCCGAAGACAAUAAAGAUAAUCAAUUUUUUUUUUUUUUUACAUUACUCACUGGGAUAAGUACUGAAAAUAUUUAUAUUAAAAUUAAUUUUUUAUGUUUCGGUAAAAAAACAUAACUUUUUAUUUUAUUAUUUUUGGGAAAUUUGAAGAUAGCCUAGCUAGAGUUUACUGCUCUGAAAAUAUUGACAUAUUAACGUUUUAUUUUCAGUAACUAAUGAAAAAGAAAAAUGAAAUGUAUAGUCAAUUAGUCGUAAUAAUAAUCAAUAAGCGAAUUUGAUUAUAGCCUGCUGAAAAAAUUAUAGAUAUUUGUAUCUGAAUUUUAAACAAUUAUUAAAAAUCACGAAUUAAAUGAAAACACAAAUUUGAUACGUCAACAUUUUCAGAAGAAUAAACUCUAUAUAAAAGCUUUCUUAAUUUUUUUUAAAACUGUUAAAUUAAAAUUAUUUUUGAAGUUGUUUACCAAAACAUAAAACAUUAAUUGGAAUGUACAUUUUUGUUUUGUCCUUUUUCCAGUGAGUUAUUUUUUUAAAAAAAAAAGAGACAUUAAAAUGGGUAUAUCUCCAUGGAACACCCUAUAUAUUUACAGUUGUAGAUUUGGUUGAUAAGAAGACGUCUAUUAUUCGUACCAUUACAUUAUUGUUAUUGCUAAUUUAAAUAUAAAUUCGUUUCGUUAUUUCUUUAAUUUAAUUAAGUUCAUACACAUUAUGAUUAUCUUAAUAAUGUACUAGAGGUUACCAAAUUCGUUUAAAAUUGUAUCAUGUGGAAAAUUCUAGUUUAUUGUUUAAAAUAUUUUUAGAAGCCGGUAACUUCACCCGCUCGUAGAAAUAAUUUUUCCAAACUUGUUUAUUAUAAUUUUUUUUUUCCUAGCAUUCCCUAAGAAUGCUGAAGAAGAAACAGCGGCGAGCACUACACCGAGACCUCAACAAAUUAUAUUAUACUACGACCCAUCUGCAGCCACAAGCCCAUACGAAGCUGACCAACAACAAUAUUAUCAAAACGUUCAACAACACUCGCCGAUUAAUAAUUAUAACGACGCGUAUUCAAAUUAUGAUUAAAAUGUAAUCAUAAUUCUGUACAUACAACCGAUAAAAUGUAUUGUGUUUACUCUAACUAGAGUUAACAUAUGAUUUAAACUUUUUGUUACUUACUAUAUAAAUAGCAAUAGUAAGUACAUUGAUUUAUUUCACCAUCGUGUGUAAAAAAAAAAAAAUAAUCUCAUCCCCACGGCCAUAACAUUAAAACAUAUUAUUUUCUGUAUAUUAAUA